AUGGAGAAAUCGGAAGGAAGGAAUCAAACACCUAUUGUGGAAUUCAUCCUCUUAGAGUUUGGUAACGACCCUGAACUGCAGCCCCUCCUCUUCCUGCUCUUCCUACUGAUCUACCUUGUGACUUUGGCUGGGAACCUUCUCAUCGUGGCACUGGUGGUGGCCAAUCAGCACCUUCACACCCCCAUGUACUUCUUCCUGGGGAACCUGUCCUGCCUGGAGAUCUGCUACAGCACCACCUUCCUGCCCCGGCUGCUGACCAGUCUCCUGACAGAAGACAGAAGCAUUUCAAUUAAGGGCUGCAUCAUGCAAUUAUAUUUCUUUGGUGUCAUAUCAACUGUAGAAAAUCUGCUCCUCGCGGUCAUGUCUUACGACCGGUAUCUAGCCAUCUGCCAACCCCUCCGCUAUGCUGCUCUGAUGAACGACCGGGUGUGUGGCCAGCUAGUGGCAGGGGCCUGGAUAAGUAGCUUUCUGAGCUGCACCAUAGUAAUUAUUUUCGUGUGGCAAUUAACGUUCUGUGAUUCCAAAGAAAUUGAUCAUUUCUUUUGUGAUUUUUCACCCAUCCUAAAACUGUCCUGUGAUGACACCCUGAUUCUGCAGCUGCUGGCAUUUACUCUCGCUGCUGUUGGGUCACUUGUGCCCUGUCUACUGACCCUGACGUCCUACGUGUGUAUCAUCACCACCAUCCUGAGGAUCCCGUCCAGCUCCGGGAGGCAAAAGGCCUUUUCCACCUGCUCCUCCCACCUCAUUGUGGUGACAAUUUACUACGGGACUGUGAUCACUGUCUAUGUGGUUCCAACAGCCACCACUCUUAAAAUCCUUCAUAAAAUAUUCUCUGUCUUCUACACCGUCCUGACUCCAAUGAUCAACCCCGUCAUCUACUGCUUGAGAAACAAGGAGGUCAAGGAGUGCUUGAGAAGAGCUGUCCAUAAAUUAGUUGCUAUCAGAAACGGGCAAUGGAAUCUGACAAUUUUCAGUAUAUACUAA